UUAGUUGAGAAAUUGCAGGCUGUGCAGUUGACGAAGUUUGAUUACAGGCUAACAAACACACUUGAUGAGGAACUCCAAAAGUUACGCUGUCGUGUAAACUAUCAUGCGCUGAGAUAUACAAAGCCUAUUGUACUACUUGGUCAGAAGCUGGUCAAGAAAAUGCAAGCAAUGAGCUCUCAUUAUAUUGCUGUCCAUUUGAGAUUUGAAGCUGAUAUGCUUGCAUUUUCUGGCUGUUACUAUGGCGGCGGAGAAAAAGAACGCAAUGAACUAGGUGAAAUUAGGAAGCGAUGGGAAACCUUACCUGAUUUGACCAUGGAUGGUGAGCCAAGCAGAGGAAAAUGUCCCCUGACUCCACAUGAAGUAGGUUUAAUGUUAAGGGCUCUUGGCUUUGCAAAUGACACCUAUCUUUAUGUAGCUUCAGGAGAAAUAUAUGGUGGAGAAGAGACAUUGCAACCUCUUAAAGACUUAUUUCCCCAUUUUUAUACAAAGGAAAUGCUUGCGGGAGAAGAUUUGCAGCCCUUCCUUCCAUUUUCUUCUCGUCUUGCUGCUAUUGACUAUAUUGUUUGCGAUGAAAGUGAUGUGCUUGCCACAAAUAACAAUGGAAAUAUGGCUAAAAUCCUCGCUGGUCACCGGAGGUAUGUAGGACACAAGAGAACCAUACGGCCAAAUACCAAGAAAUUAAGCUCCUUAUUUAAAGCACGGAAUGAGAUGGGGUGGGAGUUGUUCUCCAAGAAGGUGAAGUUAGCCCAGAGAGGAUUCAUGGGGGAGCCAGACGAGAUGAGGCCAGGACGCGGCGACUUCCAUGAGUUUCCAACUUCAUGUAUUUGUCAGAAACCUGAUAAGCUCGAACUAGCUGGGUUCCGAGAGAAACCUGGAAUCAACAAAACUUUGCGAAAAACAACAGUGCUUGAUGUGGAUAAAAGUGGAGCCAAACAUCAGGGAAUCUUAAACCACAUCAAGUAUCCCCAUAUUCUCAUCCCAUGAAUUGACAGUUCCAGUAGCCAUCGUGUUUCUUGUCGAUGGCAUCCUCCUCCUGGCUGAACCAGUGCUAGAGAGUAUGAAACUAUUUUUUUUGGGUAAUGCUGGCAAAAUACUUGUCCAUGCGCAAGCUAUUAGUCGAGUGGAUGAAUGAGUCAUUUUAGAAUUAAUGAUAUUGUAACCAACCCAUGAUGGUAGGCAAUUGUUGCGCCUUCAGUAGCUGUCUACUGCAUCAAAGCGAUGUGUAGGUUAGCGUCUUUUCUUGUGAGUUCUGACGACUGUAAAUUAUUCAAUUUUGUUCAGUUUAAA